CAAAAUUUAUACGCAGUUACUGAGGCAUAAUACAAGCUUUUCGAGAUCAAAAUGAUGUCAAACAUGUCUAAUCCAGAUAAUGGUAUAGUUGUGGGUUUCAAGGAGGAAGAAAAAACUAUCAUAGAACAUCUUAUUAAUGGGUUAAAGGAGAGAGAAGUUGUUUUAAUUACUGGCAUGGGGGGAUUGGGAAAGACAACUUUAGCGAGGAGAGUGUAUGAGAAGAAAAAUGUAGUCAACCACUUUGAUAAGCAUGCGUGGUGUACUGUUUCUCAAGAAUAUGAUUGUAAGAACUUGUUGAACAAAAUAUAUAAUGAAGUUUGUGGCCACAAGACAGAGAUUGACAAUGUAGCUGAAGAACUUCGCAAAAGCCUUAUGGGGAGGAGAUACCUCAUAGUGUUGGAUGAUAUUUGGAGUGUGGAAGCAUGGGAAGAGUUGAAUAGAGUUUUCCCCGAAUGUGACAAUGGAAGUAGAAUUGUUUUAAUAAGCAGACAAAAAAGUGUGGUUUCUGAUGCCAAACAUAUUUGUCUUCCGUUCUUCACUGUUGAUGAGAGUUGGGAAUUAUUGCAAGUGAUGUUAUUUAAACGAAAGGGAUGUCUUGAAGAGCUUGAAAAUGUUGGUAGAGAAAUAUCUAAAAAAUGUGGGGGAUUACCUUUGACAGUUGGUUUGAUAGCGGGUCUUCUUGAAAAAGUUAAAAAGAGUGAGCAAAUGUGGCGUGAAUUUCUUCAUACUCUAAACUCACAUAUUACAUUUGGAGACGGAAUACAUAGCAAUGAUGCGAUAGAGCUUAGUUACAAGUAUUUAUCAGAUCAUUUGAAACCAUGCUUACUUUAUUUUGCUGCAUUCCCAGAGGAUAAAGCAAUCAAAGUUUGGAAACUAAUAGAACUAUGGAUAUCUGAAGGAUUCAUCAUAGGAAUGAAAGAGAAAGGGAGAGUAGAAGAUGAGGCAAAGGAUUACCUAAAUCAUCUGGUUAGCAGUAACCUAAUUAUGAUGUCUGGAAAGAAUUAUCAAAGUCUAGCAUGCAGGGUUCAUGAUUUGGUACGUGAUUUUUGCUUAACAAAAGCUAGAGAAGAAAUUUCCUUGGAGAUAAUUAAUAAUAUGGAAAGGAAGUGGGAUCCGACUCUUAAUUUUACACCGCAUCGAAUAUGUUUGCAUUUCCAAGGGAUAUCUCAUCUGUCUUCUGAAUUUGUACCAUGGAAUUCUUCUAUUCGCACAAUUUUGGUUUUCAGCCAUUAUACUGAUCGAGCCUUAUAUAAUGGCUCAUGGAUUGCUCAAAAUUUUGAACAUCUCACAAUUUUGGAUUUACAGGCAAUCCGUGUGCACCAAUCAAUUUUGUCUGAAGUUAACUCACUAAUUCAUCUAAGGUAUUUAGCUCUCAAGGUAGAUGGAGAUAAAUAUGCUAAUGCAGAUGAUGUCUCACCAUUAUCACUAGAGAAUCUUGAGUUUCUCAUAACAUUAAAGUUGCACUCAGUAAACGUGCAUUUCCCAAUUUUUUUUUGGAAUAUGAGAAGAUUGAGACAUAUGGUUAUUAUUGGUGCCGAAUGUGAUGAUUCUUGCAAGAAGAAAUCAAGAUCAGUUAUGAAUGAAGCAAUUCCUGCUUGUGCAAAAGAAUUGCAAACUUGGGAAUGGCAAUGUCCUUUCACUCCAAAUCAUGAAUGUUUAUUGAGAGAGCUUCCCUGUCUCAGAACUUUGAGUUGUAAGGUUUCAAGUUCUGAAAGCUUUCCUAAAAUUGACUUUCUCCAUCAUCUUGAAAAGUUGAUCUUAGUGAGUGCCAGGAGUGGUAAUGAAAGUCCACAUCUUCUUAAUGAUCUUAAACUCAGCAAGUUUCCAUCAAGUGUCAAGGAAAUAUAUUUGACUUCUAUUACUCUUUCGGUGUCUGCAAUUUCAACAAUUGCACAACUUCCCAAUCUUGAGACUCUAGUAUUAAGGAAAUGCAUGUUUGAGGAGGGCUUAACAUGGAAUGUGGGGGAGGAAACCAAAUUCCAAAAACUCAAAAGCCUCCAAUUAAUUUGGGAUUAUACUAAAAUUUGGAAUAUUAACAGUGCUGCUGAGUCCUUUCCUUGCCUUGAGCAAUUAACUUUGCUAUUCUGUAGGCACUUACAAGUGAUGCCUUCUGAUUUUGAGGAUGUUUUAACAUUGAAAAUGAUCUCUGUGAGGAAUUGCAAUCCCAUUGUUUACAGUUGGGUGAAGGAAGUUGAGGAAUGCGCACGGGAAUUAGGAAAUGAGCAACUCCAGGUCGACAUCGACAUCGACGGUAAGUGA